GGAUGAUCAUUUAUUUUUCAACAGGACAAUGACCCCAAACACACCUCCAGGCUGUGUAAGGGCUAUUUGACCAAGAAGGAGAGUGAUGGAGUGCUGCGGCAGAUGACCUGGCCUCCACAGUCACCGGACCUGAACCCAAUCGAGAUGGUUUGGGGUGAGCUGGACCGCAGAGUGAAGGCAAAGGGGCCAACAAGUGCUAAACACCUCUGGGAACUCCUUCACGACUGUUGGAAAACCAUUUCAGACAGGUGAAGAUGAGUGAUGUGGAGAAAGAGGAGGACAGAAGAGAGUCUGCAGUUUUCAGCUCUCUGUCUAUGAAACGUGACCAGUCCAAAGGUUGUCCUCCAGUCUCCAGUAAUAAACCUGGACCCUCAGACAAAAAACGAAAGAAGAAGAGGAGUCAUGUUUUUGUGGAGGAGCAACUGUCCUGCUGUGCUUUGUGUCAGGGCGUCCUCAAGGAUCCUGUCUCUACCAGCUGCGGACACUGGUUCUGUAGACAGUGCAUCACCUCAUACUGGGACCAGUCUGCUUCUUCAGGAGAGUCCUCCUGUCCUCAGUGUGGAAAAAGAUUCAGAACAAGAGCUGGACUGCAAAUGACCUGUCAGAUCAGCACUGUACAAAUGGAUGCUGGUCUGCAGGAGGUUUUAGAUGAACAUAAGAUCGUUCUGAAGAGGAGAUGUGAAUGUGUGACUGAAGGAACUGAUGAAACAGGAGGUGGAACCCUCCUCAACAGGAUCUACACUGAGCUCUACAUCACAGAGGGACAGAGUGAAGAGGUUAAUACCCAACAUGAGGUGAGGCAGCUGGAGACAACCUCCAAGAUGAAGACCCUCCAUGACACUCCAAUCAAAUGUCACGACAUCUUUAAAGCCUUACCUGACCAACAGGAACACAUCAGAGUCGUUCUGACAAACGGUGUCGCUGGUGUUGGAAAAACCUUCACAGUGCUGAAGUUCACUCUGGACUGGGCAGAGGGUUUGGAAAACCAAGAUGUCAGUCUGGUGAUUCUGCUUUCGUUCAGGGAGCUGAACUUGAUCAAAGAUGAGCAGUACAGCCUUCUCAAGCUGCUCCAUGUUUUCCAUCCAACAUUACAGAAGGUCAAGGCAGAGGACCUCGCUAUCUGUAAAGUUCUGUUCAUCUUUGACGGCCUGGAUGAAAGCAGACUUUCAUUGGAUUUCCACAACAAUGAGGUUGUGUCUGAUGUCACACAGGAGUCAUCAGUCAACGUGCUGUUGACAAACCUCAUCAAGGGGAAUCUGCUUCCAUUGGCUCUUGUCUGGAUAACUUCCCGACCUGCAGCGGCCAAUCAGAUCCCUCCUGCAUGUGUUGACAGGGUAACAGAAGUACGAGGCUUCACUGACCCGCAGAAAGAGGAGUACUUCAGGAGGAGAGUCAGUGAUGAAGAGCUCUCCAGCAGAAUCAUCUCACACAUCAAGACUUCCAGGAGCCUCCAUACCAUGUGUCUAAUCCCAGUCUUCUGCUGGAUCACUGCUACAGUUCUGGAUCACAUGUUGACCACAGAGCAAAGAGGAGAGCUGCCCAAGACCCUGACUGAACUGUACUCACACUUCCUGCUGGUUCAGACAAAGAGGAAGAAGCAGAAGUAUGAUGAGGGACAUGAGACGUGUCCACAGGAGCUGACAGAGGCAGACAGGGACAUUCUUCUGAAGCUGGGGAGGCUGGCGUUUGAACAUCUGGAAAAAGGAAACAUCAUGUUCUACCAGGAAGACCUGGAGCAGUGUGGUCUUGAUGUCACAGAGGCCUUGGUGUACUCAGGAGUUUGUACAGAGAUCUUCAAAAGAGAGUGUGUGAUCUUCCAGAAAUCAGUCUACUGCUUUGUUCAUCUGAGCGUUCAGGAGUUUCUGGCUGCAGUCUACAUGUUCCACUGUUACACCAACAGGAAGACAGAGGUACUGGAGGACUUCCUGAAUGAUGAGGAUGAUAGCGAUGAAAAUUACUGUGAAAAUGAUGAUGAUGAUAAUGAAGAUGUGAGGGAAGGUGAUUUUUGGGAGAUGGAUGAUGAUGAUUAUAAUGAAGAGUGGGAGGAAGAUGUUGGGGAGAUGGAUGAUGCUAAUUAUAAUGAAGAGGGGGAGGAAAAUGCUUUUGGGGAGAUGGUUGGUGAUGAUGCUGACAGAGACCUAGGUGAGUUCCUGAGGAGGGUCAUGGAGAAAUCCCUGAAGAGCAAAAAUGGUCACCUGGACCUGUUUGUUCGCUUCCUUCAUGGCCUCUCUCUGGAGUCCAACCAGAGACUGUUAGGAGGUCUGUUGGGUCAGGCAGACAACAGUCCAGAAAUCACCCAGAGAGUCAUCAAAAACUUGAAGGAGAUGAGCAGUGAUGAGAUCUCUCCUGACAGAAACAUCAAUAUCUUCCACUGUCUGGUGGAGAUGAACGACCACUCAGUUCAUCAGGAGAUCCAAGAGUUCCUUAAGUCAGAGAACAGAUCAGAGAAGAAACUCUCUGAGAUCCACUGCUCAGCUCUGGCAUACAUGCUGCAGAUGUCAGAGGAGGUUCUGGAUGAGUUGGACCUGGAGAAAUAUAACACAUCAGAGGAGGGACGACUGAGACUGAUUCCAGCUGUGAGGAACUGCAGAAAGGCUCGACUUUGUAACUGUGGACUCUCAGAGACUCACUGUGAAGUUGUGGCCUCAGCUCUGAAGUCCAGCCCCUCCCAUCUGACAGAGCUGGACCUGAGUUACAACAAGCUGUAUGAUCCAGAAGUGACGCUACUUUCUGCUGGACUGAAGAGUCCACACUGUAGACUGGAGACUCUGAGAUUGAGUCACUGCAGUUUGUCAGAGAUCAGCUGUGUUUCUCUGGCAUCAGCUCUGAAGUCCAACCCCUCCCAUAUGACAGAGCUGGACCUGAGAGAAAACUACUACUUGCAGGAUUCAGGAAUGAUGCUGCUGUGUGAUUUUCUGGAGAGUCCACACUGUAGACUGGAGACUCUGAGAUUGAUGGACUGCAGUUUGUCAGAGAUCAGCUGUGUUUCUCUGGCGUCGGCACUGAAAUCCAACCCCUCACAUCUGACAGACCUAGACCUGAGUCACAAUAACCUGCAGGAUUCAGGAGUGAAGCUGCUAUGUGAUUUUUUGAAGAGUCCACACUGUAGACUGGAGACUCUAAGAUUGAGACACUGCAGUUUGUCAGAGGUCAGCUGUGUUUCUCUGGCCUCAGCUCUGAAGUCCAACCCCUUCCAUAUGACAGAGCUGGACCUGAGUGAAAAUGACCUGCAGGAUUCAGGAGUGAUGCUGCUGCGUGAUUUUCUGGAGAGUCCACACUGUAGACUGAAGACUCUGAGAUUGAGUGAGUGCAGUUUAACAGAGAUCAGCUGUGAGUCUCUAGCCUCAGCUCUAAAGUCCAACUCUUCCCAGCUGAGAGAACUGGACCUGAGUGACAACAUGUUACAGGAUUCAGGGGUGAAGAUGCUGGCUGUUGGAUUGGAGAGUCCAAAGUGUCGACUGGAGACUCUAAAACUGAGUCAUUGCCGCUUGUCAGAGAUCAGCUGUGUUUGUCUGAUCUCAGCUCUGAAGUCCAACCCAUCCCAUCUGAGAGAGCUGGAGCUGACUUACAAUUACCUGCAGGACACAGGAGUGAAGCUGCUGUCUGAUCUUGUGAAGAGUCCACACUACAGACUGGAAACUCUGAGGGCAGUCACACUGACUGUAGUCCAGAUGAGUGAUUUGGAGAAAUUACUUGAACCCUGCUCACGUACACCUGUCAGACAUGAUGGAGCAGAGCCCCCCAUGUCAAAGACAAACCUUGAUGUGUCUGACGUCAUAAGAGAGGAGAGUGUGAAUGAAGAGGAUCAGCUGUGUCCUGAUGAUCCAGAGAGGUUGAAGCAGCAGCAGCUUGUGUGUGAAGAGGAUCUGAACACAAAUGACAUGUUAAGUUUCACACCUGAAAUGCUGACAGAGUCUGGAAAGACUUCAUACAGGUUCAGGUGUCCUGGUCCAGGUGUGUUCCAGUGUGCUUUGACUGGAGUGGUGUUUGUUGUGGCCCAGGAGGCGGAGCUGCUGUACAGCAUUGUCCAAUGGGAUGAGAUCAUCCUCCAGACAGCUGGCAAGAUGGCUGCAGGGCCACUAUUCAAAAUCACGUGUUCAGAGGAUGCUGCUGUCUGUCAGCUCCACCUUCCACACUGUGAAACAAAGGAGGCAUUGCUGAUUAAUGGCCUAUUGUCUGUCGUCCACAUCACUGAUGAUGGAAUGAGCAUCUUGAAGCCGUUGAAGAUUACAGACACUCAUGUGAUUGUGAAGGUCCCUCACCUCUCUGCCUUCGGUCUGAUGUGGGAUUACAUCAAAAGGCUUCUGAACUUCAAACUGCCAAUAACUUGCCAGGUUCUACUGUUCCUCAGACCUCCGAGCAGAAGGCAUCAAGUACUCAAUGUAUUACUGCUGCCCAGCAAUGUCCCUCUGAAUGAGGUUGAAGAGAAACAAAGAGGCGCUGAGUACAUCCCGAUUGCUUCCAACUGUCUCCUUCGCUUUGGUCAAAGUUACAGUUUUCACUGUGAACCUCAGAGCUUCAAAAUACAGCCUGAGUGUGAACAAUUUCGCUCAGAUUAUGGACCAAAUUAUCAUCCGACAUUUGAAGUUUUCCUGACAACGAUCCCAGAGGAAUUAACUUUGAUGGUCCAGGACCAAGGGAGGCAAGAAGUCUGGAAACGUGACGUGGAUCUGAUAGGUUCAAAAAGGGACAUUCCACAGAGUAAUGUCCCAGAAGAGGACAGUGUCCAAGCAGAGGACAACGUCCCAGCAGACAAGACGCUGUUCUCAGUUCGGGCAGAGUUUGUAAGCAGAGUGUCUGAGCCUAAUCUGAACAAGCUUCUGGAUAAACUCCUUGAGUGUCAUGUUAUAAAUGAUGAAGAAAUGCAGUCAGCCAGAACAAAAGUCAGAGCAGAGAAAGCACGACAUGUGAUCGACAUGGUGCGAAACAAGGGAACUGAAGCCAGUUCAGUUUUGAUUGCUGCUCUCUGUGAGGUGGAUUCACAUCUUUCCAGAGUGCUGCUGAAAUUAAGCUGAAGAAAAAACAAGAAACUGUGGAGUGUGGAGAUGAAUCUGUACAAGAGCUGACUCUUACACAUUACUUCUUGUCAUUUUUGAAUGAAAAGUUUUUCUAUAUUUUUAAAGAUAUUUUUGGGGCUUUUUUGCCUUUAGGGCAGAUAUAGCCUGAAAGAGGGAGAGAGAGUGGGGAUGAAGGUUGGGUUGGAAUCAAACCUGCGGCCACUGCAGAGGACUCAGCCUUUGAAUAUGCGGUGCACACUCUACCAGGUGAGCUAGUGGGCACCCCAAGCUUUUUUUUUUCCCCAAUAAGUUGACUUUCACUCUGAAAGUAAUGCAGUCAAGUGAAAAGAAAAAAGAGGGAGAGGAAAAGGGGACAAAAUAGCCUAUCAGAGUGUUGUCUUUGUUUUUUGCCACUAGAUGGAGGCAGUACUUCACUGAUGGGCAAAGAUGAUGCAGCUGAAGUAUCUGGUAGAUGUGAUAAUCAGAAAAAAAUGAUAAAGAAUUCUAAGUGAAGAUUAUACACUUUUACCACUUGUGUGAAACCACUUAAGCAUCUCAAGCCUGUGGUCACAUAGUGUUUUUCUUUGGCAGUCAGUUCAGUGGCAGGGUGCUUGGUUUAAUGACAUGCUGCAUUUGGCUUUUUUUUCCUGGCAUCAUGGCAUUAUUGUUAGCUUGAUAGUUAACAUAACGCUACAUUAACAGAGGGUUGACUACAUAGUUAACAAGCUUAAAAUGGAAACACAACACCCACCAUCAAUAUUCAGUGUCCAGCCCAUUUGCUCCCACAAAUGGACUUUUCUGUCUUUGCUUUUGUAGUUUCUGACUGACCAACACAUCCCAAAUCAUCCCAACUGGUCAAAUACCACCGCUUUGUCAGUGGAUAUACAAGUCAGAAUAUGAUGCACUAGGUAGCCUCUUGUGUCAGUUUAAGAUGUUCAGGGACAACAUGUCAAUUUGUGUGUGUUUCAUGCAUUAUGUGUUUUCAAAAGAUACUUUAAUUUUCAUGGGAAAUGUACAGUUUUGCUCAUUACAUGCAUACAGUUUUUUUUUUUUUUCAAAAUAAAGUUACAGCGUAAGUUUAACAGUUCGUUUUUACGUCGAUUUUCUUAGGUUUAGGCAACAAAAGCACAUGUUCAGGUUGAGAAAAACAAAACAAAACAAAACAAACCAUGGUUUGGCUGAACAGUGGGCUCCAGGGUGAAACUCCAGAGUUUGUUUGACCCAUCCACCUCUCCUCCCAUCUGCCCUAUAUGGCCUUUGUAGCUCUUUACAUUACAGUAGUUGCUGAAGGUAUUGCAAACUGCUGCUAACUGGAACAUAUCAGGUUGUCUUUCUGCCUUCAUGUCUGACGCUGACAUCCAUUGACAAAGAGCCAGUAUUUGAUGGCUUGUGUUGUUGCCCACCACCCCUAAAACUGACAUGCCUGGUGCGUGUGAUGCCUGGUUUGUUUGGACCCCAAAGCAGAUACUGAUGCAGGUAAGUAACAAAAAAAAGGUUUAUUAAUAACAAGAAAAAACAAAAGAGCAGGCAGUGGAGGCAGGGAGCUGCGUAGAAUAAUCACCGAAGGAUGGAUUGAAAAAACUCAGGCACACGGUGAGGCACAAAGUCGACCUGAGCACAACAGGAAAAAACCACAGGUAAGUUCAAAAAAACUCUAGCAACACUAGAAGAACAGGCAGCAAAAAUACAGCUAUGCAACAAGUUGAUCACAAGAUACAAAAUGUAAGAACACAGAGCUCUACCGAACAUGACGGAAUUAUCUGGCAGCAUAGUGGAGUGAAGACCAGGCUUUUGUAGACAGGAAGAUGAGGUGAGUGAAGACAGGUGUGCCUCAUCUACUGCUGGAGGAGAAGCCAGCCACACCCCCUGACACACACAUGCACUGCAGAACACAAAAGAGGGGAGGGAGAGAGAGCAAACACAAAAACAUACCACAGGAACCAAAAUCAUCACAAUGCCACCUCUAAAGGUGCUUCUGAGUGUUGUUCUCUGACACAGAAAUCAGAAAAAAAGUAUUUGAUGAGUUGGAAGUGAGAAUGGGCUGGACUGACAUAUCAUACAGCUCAGGAUAGACAGCAGCUAAAACAGCAGCAGUGACAACACUAGCACCUUUUUGAAAGGUUCAGAGAUUUUUAACUACAAGUGCUUGGAGUGACCACACAAAAAACCUCUGAAAAUGUUGGGCACUGCACUUUCUUUCUAGGCUGUAAAAGCGCUCUCUUCAUUGGGAACAUUUGAAAAAAGAUGCCGGCACUGAGAAAAAAAUGCUAUGUGGACACAGGCCUGAGGAAGCUUCAGAAAAAAAUUAGCUGUAUAAAAAUUUCCAAGGAUGUUGUAAGGUAAAACUCCUUGAAUUCUAAGUGUUUGCCCUCACUUUCCCCCGUUGUCCACCUGAUGCAUGCUGAGCGGUUCUCACUCCUUCUUCAGAGGAAGAUCAUUGCAGUAAAUUAACCAUCAGCCUUUUUACAGCCUUGGAUGUAAAUAAAAUAAAAAAGAGAGAAACAUAUACUGCUUAAUAAAGCAUGUCUUUUUCAGGCAGGGGGACUUUUGGCUCUGGACCUUAUUUUACAUUUUGUCUUUAAUAUGCUUUAUUGGGUUGACAGAAAUCUCUGGGAGAAAAAGGUCAAAAGAAAAGGAGCAAUGGCUAUAUAGAUUGUCUGUUGCCUGUUUUUGAUGCUGAAUGUUUUAGCUGGCCAACAAUCCUGCAAAAACUGUUCAGCUCUUCCACUCUGAAAACCAAUAUUUUUUUCCAAAUCACCUCCCCUUCUUCUCCUUUUUUAUAUUUUAUAUUCUGUCUCUUGACUUUUGCACUGUUUGUUAUACAUCAAAUCUCCAAGUUAGAUUCCUUGUAUGUGCUAACCUACCUGGCAAUACACCAUUUCUGAUUCUUAGAGAAAAUGUGUGUGUGUGUGUGUGUGUGUGUGUGUGUGUGUGUGUGUGUGUGUAUAUGUGUAUGUGUAUGUGUGUGUGUGAUUGGAUUGUACAGAAUGGCUUGCAGCAAGUCCCGUCUUUGUUAGCACAAAAUGACACAUGUCCCCUGUUUGAUGGUGGAGAACAGAAACACACAUAAUUGUUUGUAAUUAUGUGUCAGAGUUUGAUGUUUUCAGUUUUGUGAAAGAGCACAUGUGCCAAUAACAUGAACAUCACAUAUUCAUUAAUCUGUGCGUUCUAUAUUUGGUAAAUCUAACAUGUGAUGUUGGUAAAUUUCUAAUUUACUUUUAAAAAAAAAAAAAAAAAUUACGCAUUUCUUUUCUAAUAUAUUUGAAUGUGAGUUAUGUAAUUCUCAGUCUCAGCAUAGAAAAACAGCAACCCCAACAAACAAUAUAAUACUUAUUUUCUUCAAUCUGACUUCUCUGUUUUUCCUUCUGGAGCAGGACUUGAGUUUUAAUGACCUCAACUCUUCAUCCAUUGUGCAGCUUAUCAGGGGUGUUUUUAGCCAGGUGUGGAGUAAGCCAUUGUAGUUACAACUUGAAGUAAUGUCCCCUAAUUUGGGUAAAUGAUGCAUCAGAACUUAUCAGACAUGAUUAGCUUUAAGCUAUUGUUGGGAAAUGGGCAGUCAUUUUGAGUCAUGUUGAGUCAUGGUAAAUCUGGCUUUGCAUAUGAUAAUCAUUGUUUCCUUCACUUGAAUUUCCUUGCUAUCCUGCUAAUUUGCAGUAAGUCCCCUCUUUGUUAGCACAAAAUGACACAUGUCCCCUGUUAAAGGGAUAGUGCACCCAAAAAUGAAAAUUCAGCCAUUAUCUACUCACCCUCAUGCUGAAGAACGCCCUGGUGAAGUUUUAGAGUUCUCACAUCCCUUGCGAAGAUCGGCGGGGGGAGCAGCCAGCACACCUAAUGGCAGACGGCGCCCCAGACUAACGUCCAAGAGCACAAAAUUGAAUCCACAAAGUAUCUCCAUACUGCUCAUCUGUAGUGAUCCAAGUGUG